UAUAUAUAUAUACAACAUACAUAUUAUGUGUAAGGUCACGUUUUUCAAUGUAAUUAAUGCACAAUAAGUAUGUACAUGUAUACGCUCAUACAUACUUCAUAUUUCUUAUCACAUAUAUUAGGCAGUUGUAUAAAAUAUAUUUUCCUUUAUGUAAAAUAGUCUAACUGAGUACCUACUGAAAGGUAGAAUAAUACCUGUAACUGGCGACGCGAGUUAGUAAAACACAUGCCUGAUUCGCUGUCAGACGUUUAUAGUGUGUUUCUGGACAUAGACAAUACAACGAUUUAAUUUCUAUUAAUACGCGUUGCCUUUUAAAAAUCCUAAGCACUACUCAAACCUUACGUUAGUGUAUGGGCAACACAACGGUUAAAAUUUAGGGUGCGCUUUAAUUUUUAGAAGGAUUUCAGUAGCAUGUUCAUGAAAUUAUUCUAUGCGUGGCUGAUUUGCUUAGCUGUAGCUGUAACGGCCUACGAGCCGAUUACUGUCAACUACCAUGAAGACGUCGGUAUUCCUGAGGCGGCUCGCAUCAGAAAAGCGGAGGAAGCCAUUGACUUUGAUGGCAGCAGGAUUGUAGGUGGAACCACUUCUGCUCUAGGUGCCCAUCCUCAUAUGGCAGGUCUGGUCAUUGAUCUAGUGGGUGGAAGGGAAUCGGUGUGCGGUGCUUCUCUACUGUCCAACUCCAGAUUAGUGACAGCAGCUCACUGCUGGAGGACUGCACGCAACCAGGCGGUUCAGUUCACAGUCGUCCUCGGAUCUAUUCGGCUCUUCAGCGGAGGCAAUCGGCUGGUCACCUCCAGAGUCACUUUACACGAAAACUACAACAUGGCCAAUCUGAACAAUGACGUUGGAAUUAUAACUAUCAGUCCCGUCACAUUAAACGCUCAAGUUAAUCGGAUCAACCUCGCCCGUGGUAACGAUAACUAUAUCGGUCAAUUCGCUACAGCUGUUGGUUUUGGCAGAACUGGUGACGCCAACCCUGUCACGCAAAACCAAGUUCUAAGGCAGGCGAACUUGCAAAUUAUCGACAACGACUUCUGCACCCGUAUCUACGGCAACAACGUGGUUAUAGAUUCAACUCUCUGCUGCGCUGGUGGAAGGCAGAACGUCUGCGGGGGCGACUCCGGUGGCCCUCUAACCCUUAACUCUGGUUCCGCCCGCAUACUGGUUGGUAUCGUGUCAUUCGGUUCGAGUUCCGGCUGUGAGCGCGGCCACCCGUCUGGCUUCGCCAGGGUCACCUCGUUCGAGUCCUGGAUACGCAGACACAUAUAA